AGUCAGGUUGAUGAAAGCGAAGCGCCUUGUCGUAAAUGACUACUUUUAUUUACACUGUGCAUACAGGAGUUGGUAGGAGCUGAAGUCACUUUGUCCCAAGAUAGAAUACCGGACACAACGAAAACGAAAGAAAAUGGCUGCCCCCAGUUAGCAGGAAUAAUCUUCUUUUUUUUCAUAAUUGAGUUUAGUUCCCCGUUAAGAUCAGUUUCUAUGGAAAACAUAUUUUAAACAGCUUUUUGGCACUCCGAAAAUACCUUCUUAAGAUUUUAUCUCAGACAUGUCACGCAUUUCAGAUGGUCUUUGCCGAUUGCCAGUUUUUUUGCCUAAACCUAGCGAACAGCCGGGACAGAUGACUUGAUCCCCCAAGGGUAGUAGUUGAGCGUUUUUCCGUUCCCUUGGAUUCGUUCAUGUGGUUUUCUGAUUCCCUUCCCCCAUGGUCAUGGUAGGGGAGAAAGACUGUGAAUUUUAUUGUGCUAAAAUCGAGCAAGCUUCUCAAUCACCAUCAGGCUAGACAUACAAAGGUGACAUCAUCUCUGGUCGAAUCAGUAAGCAUUCUACAAUGAGUGACCUUGAAGUCAAAGAAGAAACUGUUGAGUGUGAUAAUCUACAACCAUCCACGACAACUGAAACUAUGUUGCAUUCACAGCCUGUGCCGCAUCCGCAGCCUAUGGAAAAUUCACCGCCUGUAGCUUAUUCACAACCUGUGUCACAUCCACAGCUUGUGGCACAUGCUGUGCCUCAUUCACAGCCUAUGGAACAUAUGCAGCCUGUGCCACAUUCACAGUCUGCGUCAAAUUUGCAGUCUCUGUCACAUCCACAGCCUGUGAUACAUUCGCAACCUGUUGUCCGUUUACAAACCAUGCCAAAAAUACGACCAGUUUCUCUGGUUCAAAGUCUUCCCCAGUUUCAACUGGUUGUCAAGACACUGCAAAAUCCUUCUGACAUACAGAUUGUACCAUACAAUAAGAGUAUUAACACUAACAACCAGAGUGAAGCUGAACAUUUGGUAGUGGAGAAAGAUGAAGAAAAGACGGAGCUGUUAAAUAAUCAUGAAGAGUGUGAUCCGAAACCAGACUCUGAUGAAGAGAGGACUGAGAGUGUAAAGGACAAAACAGACUCUUCUGAAUCCGACAUGGAGGUUAAAAAACAAGAAGAGAGCUUGAACAAUUUGUCUUCAUAUGAAUCAUUGGAUGGGGAUUAUGUCAUCUUUAGAGAUGAUUCUGAUGAUGAUGAUGAUGAUGAUUAUGAUGAAUGCAAAACCAGAAAGAGGAGGAAACAAAGCUAAAAAUCGGAUGAUGAAGAUUAUCAACCAUCAGGAGGCGAAAAUGAAAAUGAAAGUGAAGAGGAUGUUGAUGAUGAGGAUGAUGAUGAUAGUGACGGUGAAGGAGAUGAUAUUUACCCGCGUGAACGCAAGCCUCUUAUUGAAAUAAAACCAGAGGUCAAGGUCACAACCAUCACUGAAUAUUCAUGCACAUACUGUUUGCAGGUCUACUCGAAUAUGGAUGAUGCUAAAUCUCACAUUAUGACUCAUUACGAAUACCGCUGUGAUGGCUGUGAUGAGAAGUUUCUGACAAAUCGACAGUUGUAUUCACAUAAAAGAAAUAGCCAUAAAGCCGAACCACCAUCCAAUUUGCUUAUCUGUUUGUUUUCUGGCUGUGAACACAUGGGAAAAUCAAAGGAAGCCAUUUUGAGACACGUCCAAUCUGCUCACGCAGAUGAAAAAUCUUUUAUCUGUGCAUGGUGCUCGCGCUCUUCAAGGACUCUUGAUCAGUUCAAGAAACACAUACAGUCUGUUCAUUACUCCUCACCUGACCACAGAUAUAACAAUGCGGACUGUCUUUGCGACACUUGUGGUGCUGCAUUUGCAAAUCCAACCUGUCUGAAUAACCACUUGAGAAGUGCUCAUUUAAUCUCGGGCAACUCUGUACUAUUGGGGGGACUCUGCAAUGUCUGUGGCCUAUUUUUCAUAAAAGUGACCAGACAUGUUAAAACACAUGGAUUUCAAAAUGUCCCUUGCACAUUCAGAGGCUGCAGCGCAAAGUUUAAGACGAAACAUAAUAUGAAGACUCACUACAGAAAUAUUCAUCUGGGUAUCCGAAAACACCACUGUACCUUCGAAGGCUGUACAUACAAUGCCAGAAAUAGAGCACAGAUGAAAGGACAUAUUGAUACGGUUCACCUGAAAAUUAGAAGAUUUCCUUGCACCUGGGAUGGUUGUGAUAAAAGUUUCUUUGAGAACAAGCAUCUUCUGGUGCACAUGCGCAUUCACUCAGAUAUAAAACCACUGAGCUGUGAUCUUUGCAACUACACCUGUCGACAGCGGGCUGCGUUAAACUGGCAUAUGAACAAAAAACAUGGUCAGGAGGCCACUGGAAAGAAGAACAAUUGUCAGCCUGUUUGUGGUAUUCCGGCUGUUAAUCAAGGCAGAAAACCUGGACGCAAAGCCAGAGGAAAGAAAGCAAAGAAAUCAACAAACUAGUAGCCUUUUAAUUUGGAAACAAUUUCCACUCAUUCACAAAGCCAAAAAUUACUUGCACAGAUGUGAUACUGGACAAAAUAGUUUUCCUGUAAUUUUCAUAAUUUUGUUAGUAAGUUUGUAGACAUUUAAUUGAAGUCAAAGUGUGAUAAUUAUUAGAUGUUAUACAAUGUAUGUAUGGCUGCGUAAAUUUAAGAUGGAAAAGUUUUUAUUAGUUUGUAUAGUUGACAGGGAUGUGAAUUUUUUUUUAGAUAGCUUUUUCUCCUUUUGUAUAAGAUUUUCACAAAGUAGACUGAAUUUGAAUAGAAAUGCCCAAAAAAUUAUCUUUACUGAGGUUUAGUUUAGAGAUUUCAGAUUUUUAAAGAUUAUUCCAGAUUUACAUGUAUUUUUAAAUGGUAUCACAAUCUUCAGUUAAAGGUCUACAUAGUGUCACUAAAAGUUAAUCCACGGAUUUAACCAGGAUUUUUUGCAACGAUGAUGGGAUUGGGAAAAUCAUACAGUACACCACUGUUAAAUUAAUAUCUAUAUCUAUAUCUAUAUAUACAUACACAUAUACAUGUUGAUAUAUUGGGAAUUUGUACCAUAGAAAUUGGGAAUUCUCAGUGUCAAUUUCUUUUGGUAAGGCAGGGCUUCUAAAAUUUUGUUAAAAUCCAUUAGUCAUGGGAUCAGCGAUUUCAAAAAGGUACUAUUGCAAGGCUCACACUGUAAUUGAAAGCUCUGCUAUUUACAUGUAUCUAUUGUGAGAACAGGUUAAAGAUGAUGUAUAUACAUGAAAAAAAUUUCACUUUUGCUUUCAAUUUUAUGUUUAUAGACAUCAAUGUUAAUUCUAGAAUUUGUUGGGAAUAUUUUGUGAUACGUUUUCAGAUUCCUAAUUGCCUUUAAGCUUACACACCACCAUUCAUUUUUGAAUAUCUUUCAGUACAAUUUUUAUGACAGAACUUAUUUUUUGCCUAAGUGUGGUAGUACAUGUAUUGUAAACAAAAUAUUUACCAUGGUGGCCAUUUUAAAAACCAAGAUGGCCAGUACACGUAUUGUAAACAAAAUAUUUACCAUGGUGGCCAUUUUAAAAAUCAAGAUAGCCAGCAGCCUACUCCUAGUACUGGUACUGUCUAAAGUUUGGUGUUAUAUAAAAUGUGUUUUAAUACCAGACAAAUGUGUAUCAGAACAGCUCCAUCAACAAACAUCAUGGUGGAGCUAAAAAUUCAUAUGGCAAAUUUUAGAAUGAAACUUACCUAAAAUAAAUGUAAAGCUAUUGAUAAUGUUAUCCAGAUGCCAUCACUUGAGCAUACAGUGUUGUUUAAAUAUCAAUUAAAACAAAUUGGUUUGUUCCCCACAUCAAUUUACUGUGGUGAUUUUUUUGAAUUGCCUUUUAGCACCAGUGUACAUUUUCACUAUGUAACAAAAUGUUUUGUUUUAAUUUGUGAUGUAUAAAAUGUGUUACUGUUCCAUUUUUCUAUUUGAUGUUUUUCUUGAAGUAGACUACAUAAAUGAUGUACAUA